UAGCUCGCGACUAUUGAUAAUCGAACUCGAAAAAUUCAAGCGGAAAGGUCAACGAGACCUUUCGUUGAAAUUGUUUGUAGAACGGUGCGCUUGAUAGGUAAUAUUUCGAAAGAAGAGCAUCCUUUAUAAAGUUAACUAUGUUUAUCUCGCUGUACGAAAAGAUCGCGUGCCGUGUUAACAUUUAACGAUGCGUCGUCUUAUAGCUCGCUCGCCGAAAGGACGUUGUCCUUUGGAAGUCAUUAAGGAAAAUGAAGAAAAAAUUCCACACCUGCGGGAAGAGACGAAAGGAGAAGAAGGACCCGGGCAUUGGUAUGCAAAGGUAGACGCACUCUCAAGAGGACUCGUUACGCAUUCGUUACUCGAAAGUGUUUCGCGAGUGGGUCCUGUAUUGGAGGCUGCGAGAGCGCGGCUUGCGCCGUAUGUAGGAGGCUUCAUCGUUCUCCAGGGAAGGCUCAUCGUCCUUUUUAUUAUCCUUCAGAUAAGAGAUUCGGUGUUUCGGCAAUAAGGAAGAAUCCGGUCGAUGCGAACAAAAAAAGAAAAGGGAGAGAACGACUCUGCCCGACGUAAUCCCGGAAUCUGUCGAGUUUUCGGUUCCCCCUGCCUUCGAAUUUCGCGUUGUAAUCUUGAAUCACCCAGGAUGACCUCGCCAUUGCAUUCUUUAACGUGUCCUCGGGUGACGUGUCGUCGGCAAAAUCUGCGAUACUUAAGGACACGCGUAAUCUUGCAUACAUAAUAUCGGGACUUUUUGCAGAUGAGGAAAAAGA